AUGGCCAAGCUAGGGCCUGGCGAGUGGAGGGGAAGAUUGGAGUCCUGCGCAUGGCGACGGCGAUUGGUCCUAAAUGCCAUCCUCUCUGGCCAAUCAGAGGCCAGAGGUCCCUUGGCGGUGCGGCGCUUCGCUCAGCUCGGCCCUGCCGACGACGGCCAUUGGCCAGAGCAUGUCGACGACGGGCCAAAGGAUAAGCGCCCGGCUCGUCAACUAUCGACGAAAGGAAAUAGGUGGGUAGGGCCGUAUGCCUUUGUGCUGGCGAAGCCGAGGCAAAUGGCAAGUCUAUGCGGGCAGCGACGGAUGGGCCUGUCGACGAGGCUUGAUGGCGUCGUCGUUGGCUGGCCUGGCAUGGCCAAUCGGGAAGACAAAGCUGGAUGCGCAAUCAUAAAUGGGCGCACUGGAAAUCGAGAUGCGACGUCGGCGGCGGCGGCGAUGCCACGAGGGUGGUACCUGCAUCAAAGUGAUGAUGACACGGGGAGUCGAGGACGGGCACCACCAGAAUGA